CCAAAAAUCUUUUUUCAUCAUCCAUCACUCUCUCCACUUUUCUAUUCUUAGUCCCUAAGAUUUCUCUUCUUCAUAUUCUAAUCUUCUUUUCACAGUCUACAACAUAUAAAACAAGAUCCAAAACCCAACCCAAGUUUCUAUCUUUCAAUGGAUCAAGAUUCAGCUCCUUACAUCUCCAAAAAACAGAAACCAAACCAUGCAAAGUACCCUUGUAAGUUUUAUAACUAUUUUCCCUUUAAAACUAUGUUAGUUGUCAUAUUUCUAGUUGCACUUCCAUUUUUUCCCUUACAACCUCCUGAAAUCAUCAGCCAAACUCUAAAUACAGGAAAUUGGGAACUUGUUCAGCUUAUUUUAGUUGGUAUAGCUGUUUCUUAUGGCUUAUUCAGCAAAAAAAGUGAUGACGAUGAGGAUGAUGAUGAUGAGACAGAAAAUGAAUAUUUAUGUAGUUCAAAGUUUGAUAAUGUUCAAUCUAGAUUACUUGAGGUUCCAUCUUUUUUUGAAAACCAUCAAGUGUCUGAUGAAAAUAGAGUUCAGACUUGGAAUAAUUAUCAGUAUUCUAGUGGUAAGCCAGUAGUAGUUGUUGCUAAGGAAAGUGAUGCUAUUAUUAGUUCAAGAAUUGUUGAAAAGCCUUUGCUUUUGCCAAUUAGGAGUUUAAAAUCCCCUGUUCUUGAGCCUAUCUCAACUACUACUAAUUCACCCAAAUCCAUGAUUUCAUCUCCAAGAAAGUUGUCCACUUCAUCAGAAUCUGAUCAAGCCAAGAUUGAUCAAUUUGAUCACAAACUAAUUGUGAGGAAACAGAGUUUUAACAUAUCCUCUGUUUCACAUCCACCACUACCACCUCCUCUGCCACCACCAUCGAUUGUUAAAAAAUCUACUCUGUUGAAAUCAAGCUCUAUCGUAACGGAUGAUCACAAGGGCUCUUUUGGUAAGGAACUUAACAGAAGAAGUACUAGGAGUGUGCCGUUUGAAUUGAGCUCGUACAAAGGGAAGUCUGUUCGAACAAUUAGGCCAUUCGUUGGGGCUGCAAGAGCCAGAGUAUAUGCUAAAGAUUUCGUAAAUGGAAAGGCAGAUGAAAGUAACAGAGAAGUCGAUACACAGGUGCAAGCGUUAGAGCCAGCAUUGAUGGAGUUCUCAGGGGAAGAGAGUAAAGCAUCGUCUCUAGAGAAUGUAGUAGUGGAAAGUGAUGAGGAUUCAGACGAUUAUAUUGAAGAUAGCGCGGAAAAUGUAGAGGUAGAAAGAAAGAGUGUUAGUGAUGGUGGUCUGGAUAAUGUAGACAAGAAGGCUGGUGAGUUCAUAGCUAAAUUUAGGGAGCAAAUUAGGCUCCAGAGAAUUCAGUCCAUUCGUACAUUGGCUAAACAGCCUGCUAAAAAGCUCCUCCAGUAGAAAUAUUCUUGUUCAAAACUGAAGUGAUACCAUGAAUUGGUCACUUGCUGUGAAGAGUUUCACAUCGCGUUUUAAUAUGACUUGAGCAAUCAUCACAACUAGCUUUUGGAUUUGACUUAAGUCCAAGUCUCAUAUCUUAUCAUGGUAUAUUUACUUGCCCAUUAGAAAAAGUCUUAUGGUUUGCUUUGGCACUAGGGUUUUAUUUUUUUCCCUUUUCAGUUUGCAUUUCAAGAUUUGAGGUUUCUGAUAUAAAGGGAUUUUAGUAUUUUAGUUAUAAUUAGUCUCCUCUGUAUUUGAUGUACUAUCAUGAGGCUCAUUAUGUUAUUGUUAUAGGAAAGAAAAUCUUUUGGUUUUAUGUUUUGA